GUGCUACCUCUGAUGGCCCACUGAAGCUGCUUCCUGAAAACCACUUUGAUCUCGUGGUGCUAGAUGAGUGUGCUCAGGCCCUGGAAGCGAGCUGCUGGAUACCUCUGCUGAAGGCUCCAAAGUGCAUCCUGGCCGGAGAUCACAAACAGCUUCCCCCCACCAUCAUCUCUCACAAGGCUGCUGCCAAGGGCCUUUCGCUCAGCCUGAUGGAACGUCUCAUCGAGAGGUACGGGGAGAAAGUUGUGAAGAUGCUGACGGUGCAGUACCGGAUGCACCAGGCCAUCAUGCAGUGGGCUUCCUCAGAGAUGUACAGCGGCCGGCUCACUGCUCACCCAUCCGUAGCCCAGCAUUUGCUCAAGGACCUGCCAGGCGUCACCUCUACAGAAGAGACUGCAAUUCCCUUAUUGCUCAUAGACACUGCUGGCUGUGGCCUGUUUGAGCUGGAAGUGGAAGAUGAGCAGUCCAAGGGGAAUCCAGGGGAGGUGCAGCUGGCUGGUUUGCACAUCCAAGCCUUGGUGGAAGCUGGUGUGAAGGCACGAGACAUCGCUGUUGUAGCCCCCUACAACCUCCAGGUGGACAUGUUAAGAGAGCACCUCUGCCACAGGUACCCAGAGCUAGAAAUUAAAUCAGUUGAUGGUUUCCAAGGAAGAGAGAAAGAAGCAGUGAUCCUGUCGUUCGUCAGAUCCAACCGGAGAGGCGAGGUGGGCUUUCUCGCUGAAGACCGACGGAUAAACGUGGCGGUGACCCGCGCCCGGCGCCACGUGGCUGUCGUCUGCGACACCCGCACCGUCAGCAACCAGGCCUUUCUGAAGCGGCUGGUGGAUUAUUUCAGCCAGCACGGGGAGGUACGCACGGCCUUCGAGUACCUCGACGACCUCGUGCCCGAAAACUACACUCAGGAGGGCUGCGGGGAGCGGCAGCAGGGUGCAAAGCACCCCGCAGCAUCUGGCCCCAAACCGCAGCUGCCUCCGGGGAGGAAACUCAAAGCAUCAGCAACCAAACCCGAGUGUCAGAAGCCAGAAGUGUGUCCGUCCCCAAAUGCAAGCGGACCUGGAGGAGAAAGCGUGGGGACAAAAGUCAGUGCUGACAGAUUCAAGGCCAUGCUGGUGGCCUUCCUGGAGAGCAGUGAGAUGCAGUUGGAUUUCCCCCCAUCCCUCAAUUCUCACGAUCGGAUGCUGGUUCACCUCAUGGCAGAGGAGUUCGGGUUGCAGCACGUGAGCACCGGCAAAGGGAGGGAUCGGUACAUCAGCGUUCGCAAGGAAGAGCCUGCCGAGCCUUCGCUGCCUGCAGCUGCCCCUUCCAGCAAGCAGCUUCCCCUUCCUCAGUCACAGCAUCCCAGCAGGGACACUCCUGUCCCAGCUGAGCCAGGAGGAAGCAGCAAGGGCUCAGGAAAAGUGGACCUGAAAGCCCUGCACUUGGAGAGAGUUCAGAGGGAAAAAGCCAGACGGGAGGAGGCAGUGAGGAAGGCUCAGAAGCCCGGUGCCAGCCUUCAGGGCAGCAGCAGGAAAAAAGGCAAAAGUGAAGCCAAAGGAAAGCCAGCAGUUAAGAGUGGAGCAGACAGCGUGGCAGAAGAUAUCGAUGCUCUGAUUUCUGCUGCCAUUAAAGCUGACAGCACCUGCGGUUUCCCCCGCUGCAAAGCCAGUGUUACAACCCUGGGACAGCUUUGCCUCCACUGCAACAGGCGCUACUGCCUCAGCCAUCACAUCCCGGAG